CAUCGAUGUAUUGCAGAUUGUCACGUCACAAUUGUCGAUUUUAAACUUCAUCAAACAUAUUUCUACUAAGCGUUGUAAAUUAAAUAUAUUGAUUUUAAAAUAUCUAUAUAGUGAACGACAUAAACAAAAUGGUUCACACUAAUUUAGAAGGAUCUCUGUUUGAGCCGACGCUAUACAUUGUCAAAGGUAUGUGCAUACUUGACAAUGAGGGCAACAGAAUCCUUGCCAAGUACUAUGAUAAAGACAUUCUACCGACACCCAAAGAGCAGAAGGCAUUCGAAAAGAACUUGUUCAACAAAACCCAUAGGGCCAAUGCUGAAAUCAUUAUGUUGGACGGCUUAACUUGUGUAUACAAGAGUAAUGUGGACCUAUUCUUCUAUGCCAUGGGCAGUUCACAUGAGAAUGAGUUAUUGCUCCAAUCAGUUCUAAACUCCCUUUAUGAGUCAGUCAGUAUACUUCUCCGUCGGAAUGUUGAGAAAAGAGUUCUUAUGGACAAUCUGGAUUCCGUGAUGCUCGCUUUCGAUGAGAUCUGUGAUGGCGGGGUGAUUCUUGACUCAGAUCCAGGUUCUAUAGUUGGCAGAGCUGCCUUGAGAGGUGAAGAUGUACCGCUCGGAGAGCAGACCGUUGUUCAGGUUCUAUACAACUUAGUGAAUAACUAUUAGUAGUGCAAGGAAAGGCGUUCAUUAAAAUUGAAUUAAUCGUUCGAAAACCAUUGAGAAUUAAUUUUUUAUUUGACGGAAAAUUGUUUUUUUUUUUAUUUUGGGACCAAAAAAAUAUUCUAGAUGGUUUUCCAAUUAUUAGCGAUUUUUAGAUACUUUUUUUUGUUGUCCGCUUAUUUGUCAUCAGUUGCUGUAAUAUAUAGUACACUAAUUUA